UUUGCCCAUCAGCGUGGCAGGCAAAGAAAAGAAAAGAAAAAAGUGGCAGAGGCAGCUCCCAGACAUCUCCGUGUAGUUGGAAAAGACCCCUCUGGGGCCCUGUGGGGCGGUCAGGCCUCGGCCACCCCCCCGCCCUGGCUGAGUCCGGAUGCCAGCGAGGCUGAAUCCUCCUGCGAGAUCAACGCUUACGCGCCGCAAGAGUCCCACUUUGUCCCCUGGGCGGAGGGGCUGGCGGGCGGAGGGGGCUGCCCCCGCGCCCUGGAGAGGGGCAAGUGGCUCAUCGCCAGCAUCCAGGCCCCCGACGCCGAGUUCGGGGUCAGCAGCGUCCUGCACACCGAGGAGGCCCCGCCUUGGAAGCAGCAGGAUGGGGUCAGCAGCGUCACCACCACCGCAGCGGUGCUGUCGGUCUUCACGCGGACGCCGCGCCUGGAGUCCCGCCUCGGGCGCCCGGCGGUCCUGCACUGCGGCUUCUCGGCGCCGGCCUCGGCCUUCUCGGUGGAGUGGCGCCAUCAGUUCCGGGGGGCCGGGAAGGUGGUGCUGGCCUUCGACGGAGCCUCGCGGGGGGUGUCGGUGGCCGAGGAGGGGGCCGAGCUGCUGCUGGAUGCCGAGGGCGGCGGCGCCUCCCUGCGCCUGCGGAGCGUGGCCGUCCGCCACGAGGGCACCUACAUCUGCACCGUCUACCUGCCCCACCUGCACGCCCAGCAGGCGCUCGAGUUCAAGGUGGUGGAGCCCCCCCAGGUGACACUGCGCCCCACGACGCUCUCGGUGCCCCCCGGCGCCCGGCCCCAGCUGGCCUGCGAGGUCUCCGGCUUCUUCCCUCUGGGUGCCUCGGUCAGCUGGAAGCGGAGGGGGUCCGGCGCCCCCCAGGACGCCUUCCUGGACAUCGGGGACUCGGGGCACCGCCAGGCUCCUGACGGCACCUUCAGCUUCACCAGCUUCGCCCGCCUGCUGCCCGUCCCAACCGAGGACCACGGGGUCUCCUACGUCUGCCACGUGGGCCACGCCGGGCUGGGCGAGGCGGGGGUCAAGAAGGCGGUCGUGCUCCAUGUGGCAGGGUCCCUGGGCCCCUCCCUGGAGGACGCCAUCGGCUUGUUCCUGGUCGCCAUUGUGCUCCUGGGGGUCUUGCGGUCCUUCUUCCGAUGGGCUUCUGAAGAAAAACCCAAAUCGGAGAAGCCCAAAUCCGAGUAAUGGACUUUGGGCAACCCAGCUCCCGGCUUGGUUUGUUGCCUGUCUCCGGAUCCCGUUGAAAGGGCGAAGUGGAUCGUAGGCCCCCGGACUCCUGGGUCCCUCCUCUUCCGCUGCCCAGUCUUGCCCCUCCGGCCCCUUGUUGGAAGCCCCUUCCCCUUCCUUUGUGGGGGUCAGGGGUCUGCUUGGCUUCGCAUCCUGCAGAUUCACAGCUGUGAUUUCAAGGAGGGGGGCAGAUCUGUGCAUAGCAAAAGCCCCCCUUUCUGACAGUCCCUGCCCCUCCUCACUUCCGUGGUGUGAAAUUAUAGAAGUGUAGAAUUGGGAGGGGUCCCUGAGGGUCACCUAGUCCAACCCCCCGCAAGGCAGGAAUUGCAUCAAAAGCACCCCUAAGGUCCUGGGCCGCAGACUCUGCACAUGCUCUGGGAGACUCUUGACGGGGGGCCUGUGCUGUCUUUGGGAUUGUGGGAGAGAACCUUUUUGGAGGAGGGGAGACUGACUUGAGCAAGAUUGGCAUAUCCCUCCCCCCCAAAAAAAAUAAAUCAAUCAGGGAUCCUCCACUUACAGAAUGUGUGUCAUUGGGUGUCCCUUUACCUCCCCCUCUGGGGGACCUGAAGUGGUACAGUCCAGAGCCAAGUUUAUCCCCUCUAGAGACCUGGGUGCAAAAGGAGCCCGUUUCCCCGCAACAUCCCUGCAGAGACGGCCAGGCAGAGCAGCUUUCGUUCCCCUCGGCCUUCUCUCUCGAUAUGAACAAGGACCUGCCCCCCUUCCCUCCCCCCAGAGCCCAGAACUCACCCCCCUCCCCAUUCUGUGUAGAUUCUGCUGUAGACUGUAAGCCCCGUGGGGCAGAGCCAACCUGGAGAAUAAACACGCCUUGAAAAGAG